AUGGAGACCCCGUUGACCACUCGGCCGAAGCCGCCGCCUCUGGACUUGAGCCACCACUACUCGACCAUCACCAAUCUGCGGGAGCCCAGCGCCAUUAAGAAGUACUACAAGUACUUUCAGAUUCCAGGAUUGGGCAACCUAGCGGGAGGUCUCCCGAACGCCCAAUUCUUCCCCUUCGACACACUCGAAGCGCAAGCCGCCAAGCCUGAACGAUGGACACCCUCGCCCAACGAGCCCCCAAGCCCUGAGGCCCUCGCCGACCGGCUGGCUGUGUCUGGCCUGUCGUCGGCUCCGAAUGGUGUGGCUAAGAGCAAGCAUGCCGACACGUACAAGACGAAGGCGACCAAGCACAAAGACGAUGGGCCUCAAAACGCACAGCAUCUUACUGUGCCCAUGAGCGAUCCUCAAACAGAUCCCUUCAGGAAGAUUGACGUCACCACGGCUCUCCAGUACGGAACCGCAGAAGGCUACGCACCACUCCUGGCCUACAUACGCCACUUUGCCCGCACAAACCUUCACCCCAAUAUCCCCUAUGCAAAGGGCCCCGAGGUCAUCCUCACCUGCGGUUCGACAGACGGCAUGGCCAAGUCGCUCGAGCUCCUCGUGACCCCGUGGGAUGCCCGUCAUGAUUCCCCACGCGACCGCCCCCACCUCCUUGUUGAGAAGUUCCUCUACUCCAACGUCCUUGCACAGAGCAUGCCCCGUGGCGUGCGGCCUGUGCCCGUCGAGAUCGACGCCGAGGGCAUGCGUGCCGACGGACCUGGCGGGCUUGAGGAAGUCCUCAGUGGGUGGAACGAUCUGGACGGCAAGAGGCCUCGUAUCAUGUACACCGUCACCAUGGGCCACAACCCUACGAGCGGCGUCCUGUCUGUCGAGAGGCGCAAGGCCAUCUAUGCGCUGUGCCAGAAGUACGAUGUCAUCAUCGUCGAGGACGACCCGUACUGGUAUCUUCAGUACCCGUCCGCUGCGGCCGAGGAGGCCGCCUCGCGAGGCAAGCCUGUGCCGCCGCCCAAGCCGACACCGAAGCCGGUCAAUUCGUCUGGCUACGAGUUUCUCGAUUCCCUGGUGCCGUCUUACCUCAGCAUUGAUGUCGACGGCAGAGUCAUUCGACUCGACACCUUUUCCAAGACGAUCGCCCCCGGCUGCCGCCUCGGCUGGAUAACCGCACAACCUGAGUUCAUCGAGCGCUUCACAAGAAUCACCGAAACGACCACCCAGCAGCCCUCGGGCUUCGUGCAAGGCCUGGUCUCGGAGCUCAUCAUCGGCUCCCAGCCCGACGCGCAAGCCGCGUACGCCGCCCUGCCGGCGGCCCAGCGCCCCGCCUUUGCCGGCUGGGACACGUCGGGCUGGGUGCGCUGGCUCGCCGGCCUCCGGGGCCAGUACGAGCGGCGCAUGUGCCGCAUGGCGCGCAUCCUCGACGCGGGCGCCCACCAGCUCAAGCAGUCGACGCCGACGCGCGACGACCUCGCCGACUGGGGCGUCGUCACCAAGACCCGCCUCUACGACUUUGACUGGGCCCGCGGCGGCAUGUUCCUCUGGCUGCGGCUGCGGUUCGAGACGCACCCGCUGUGGCAGGCCCGGGGCCGCGGCACCGCCGACGGCGGCCUCGACGUCGUCGACGGCGCCGUGCUGAGCCAUGCUCUCCUGGCGCUCGGCACGCGGCGGCCGCACCUCGUCAUCCCGGCGCCGGGCCUCAUGUUUGCUGCCGACGAGAGGAUCAGGUCCGAGAGCGCGUGGGCGUACUUCAGGCUCUGCUUUGCGGCUGUGGCGGAGGAGGAGAUUGAGCCCUGCUCGGAGCGCUUCGUUGGCACUGUGCACAAGUUCUGGCGGAUCAAGAGCGUGCGCGAGAUUGAGGAGCUCCUGGAUGAGUUCAAUGGCGCCGAGGCGCUUGGGGACGAGGGCAUGGGCAAUUUGAUGGGCAUGGGCAUGGGAUGCUGA